UGGUGUGACGUCGUCACCGGUCUCGUCGGGCACGACACUGCGCUCGUCCUCCUGCCCCAGUACUAUGGCGGCGGCUCAAGGGCAUUCAUGCGUGAGAAGACGCUGCCCGUGUACGGCGUGACAAGCGCGAAGGGGAGGAGAACGGAGGUCAAGUAUUCCGUCUACGACGGGCACGAGCUCAAGGCGGAUAUCAUCAUAGGUUGAUGGAUCAUGCAUGCAUAUCAUGCCUGGGAGGGCAGGGGCCACGGCGCGCUCAAGAGCAGACGUUGCUUUGUCGUGCAUCUGUGGAGAUACAGGCUUGUUACAUGCAAAAGAGCGAUAUACAUAUGUAGGAGUUGUCGAUGAGCCACAGCUUCAGUG